AUGGCAUCCUCCAUGGCAAUGAGGAGACUGGCCACCGCGCCCUCCUUUUCGCGCGCCUCCAGACUUCAGACGAGAGCCUUCUCCUCCACAAGGCCUGCCGCUCGGGUUUUCGCCAAUGGCCCUCUGCGCGCCAAGGAGGCAUCUCCCUUCGUGAGCAACAAGUACGCCGUCAUUGACCACGAGUACGAUGCCAUCGUUGUUGGCGCCGGUGGUUCCGGUCUGCGCGCCGCUUUCGGUCUCGCCGAGGCUGGCUUCAACACAGCCUGUAUCUCCAAGCUGUUCCCUACCCGAAGCCACACCGUCGCCGCCCAGGGCGGCAUCAACGCCGCCCUCGGCAAUAUGCACGAGGACGACUGGAGAUGGCACAUGUACGACACCGUCAAGGGCUCCGAUUGGCUCGGUGACCAGGACGCCAUUCACUACAUGACGAGGGAAGCUCCCGCGUCCAUUGUCGAGCUUGAGAACUACGGCUGCCCCUUCUCGCGUACCGAGGAUGGCAAGAUCUACCAGCGUGCUUUCGGUGGUCAGUCCCAGAACUUCGGCAAGGGUGGCCAGGCCUACCGUUGCUGCGCCGCCGCUGACCGAACUGGCCACGCCCUUCUGCACACCCUGUACGGCCAGUCUCUCCGCCACAACACGAACUACUUCAUCGAGUACUUCGCCCUCGACCUGAUCAUGCAGGACGGUGAGUGCCGCGGUGUCCUGGCCUACAACCAGGAGGACGGCACUCUGCACCGCUUCCUCGCCAACCACACCGUCCUCGCCACCGGUGGAUACGGCCGCGCCUACUUCAGCUGCACUUCCGCCCACACCUGUACCGGUGACGGUAUGGCCAUGGUUGCCCGUGCCGGUCUUCCCAACCAGGAUCUCGAGUUCGUCCAGUUCCACCCUACCGGUAUCUACGGAGCCGGCUGCCUGAUCACCGAGGGUGCUCGUGGUGAGGGUGGUUACCUGCUGAACUCGGAGGGUGAGCGCUUCAUGGAGCGUUAUGCUCCCACCGCCAAGGAUCUUGCCUCGCGCGACGUCGUGUCUCGCUCCAUGACCAUGGAGAUCCGUGACGGCCGUGGUGUCGGCGCUGACAAGGACCACAUUUUCCUGCAGCUCAGCCACUUGCCCGCCGACGUCCUGCACGAGCGUCUGCCCGGUAUUUCCGAGACGGCCGGUAUCUUCGCCGGUGUCGACGUCACCAAGCAGCCCAUCCCCGUCCUGCCCACCGUCCACUACAACAUGGGCGGUAUCCCUACCAAGUACACUGGUGAGGUCCUCACCGUUGAUGAGGCCGGCAACGACAAGGUCGUCCCUGGCCUGUUCGCCUGCGGUGAAGCUGCCUGUGUGUCGGUCCACGGCGCCAACCGUCUCGGUGCCAACUCGCUCCUCGAUCUCGUCGUAUUCGGCCGUGCCGUCUCCCACACCAUCCGCGACAACUUCACACCCGGCACCAAGCUCAAGCCCAUGGAGGCUGAUGCUGGUGCCGAGCACAUCGAGGUCCUCGACCAGGUCCGCAACUCGGACGGUCCCAGGACAACCGCCCAGAUCCGUCUCUCCAUGCAGAAGGCGAUGCAGACCGAGGUCUCCGUCUUCAGGACACAGGAGAGCUUGGACGAGGGUGUCCGCCUCAUGAAGGACAUUGACGCCCAGUUCCCCGAGGUCGGCAUCAAGGACCGCAGCAUGAUCUGGAACUCCGACCUUGUUGAGACUCUCGAGCUGAGGAACCUUCUGACUUGCGCCUCGCAAACCGCCGUUUCCGCCGCCAACCGCAAGGAGUCCCGUGGCGCCCACGCUCGCGAGGACUACCCCGACCGUGACGACGAGAACUGGAUGAAGCACACCCUGUCCUUCCAGAAGGAGCCCCACGGCAAGGUCGACCUCGGCUACCGCCGCGUCAUCGCCACGACGCUCGACGAGAACGAGUGCAAGGCCGUGCCGCCGUUCAAGCGUGUGUACUAA